GAAAAUAUGGUCGCUGAGCCAACGCUCUGGAGCUGCGGCCACACUCCUCAGCUUCGUCGCAGGGAGCAGUCGUGGUUUCAUCCUUAUCACAGAUUUUGGUCAAUUAAUAAGAUUUUAUUACGAAGGGAGGAUAAUUCAGUUGCGAUGACGGCAUUUGUGAAGUUAACGUUCGCCAUACUCAUGUGCAUGCAAGCAGCCCGCGCUCAGGACUUCGAGAGUCUCACGCGCAACUGCAGGCUGCAGCACCCAGAGCGUCUCAACGAGUGCGUCGUGGGGGCCGUUAAGAUCAUGCAACCGAAGUUUGCCAAAGGCAUCCCUGAGCUGGGCCUGCCAAGGAUGGAUCCUCUGAAGCUUGAGGACUUUAGCUUAAAUCAAGCCGAUGGCGCCGUGCGGUUCUCCGCAAACUUCAGGAACCUCUCCAUCACAGGCGUCGGCAGAUUUGAACUGAAAUACCUCGACAUCAACUUCGACGCCGGCAGCGUACACCUCGGCUGCGUGGUGCCGGCGCUGAACGUGAGGGGUAACUACGAUAUCAACGGCCGCGUCUUCGAACUCCCCGUCGAAGGCAAAGGGCCCUUCAUUGCCCUGCUAGAAGGGGUUGUGGCUGAGGGAGAGGGUUUCACGACUGUCACAAACAACCGCUUGCAGAUGAAGAAAAUGAAAUUUGACUUCAAAAUAAGGAACUUUAGAUCCAAAGUGGAGAACCUCUUCGGAGGGAACGAAAUAUUGAGGUCAACUCUGGAGCAUUUCUUGUCGGAAAACACCGAGCUGGUGCUUGACCAAGUUCGUCCGACCCUAGUGAGCACAAUGGACUCGUUCUUGACGAAUGUUGUGAACGUCAUCCUCGGACAGCUCCCAAGCGACGUCUCGGCCCGCAUCCCCAACGCCAACUCCCUGGACAAGCACCGGGCGCGAACCCUGCGUGUGCAGGCUGAGCGGCGCAACGCUGCUGCCACUGCAAGGAGCCGUGCGGGCUAGAGUUUUGGGUAAACCUAGCUAUGUCUGAAUUGAAUCUAGGGAGCAGGGUGAAAACUUACCUCAAAGCCGAUUUUUCUCUUUACUGAGCUAGGUUUAAGUCAUCAAGAACUGCGUUGGUUGGCGUCCUGAGAGUACUUCUAUAUCUAGAAAUUCUUGGAUACAAGUAUAUAAGCGCCCUGCCCUCGAAAUCAAGUAUAUAAGCGCCCUAUUUUACAUUGAUUUCGAAUGAAACUUGUUAACGACCCUGCUUGUUUUGCUUGUGUAAAUGAAUUUAAUUUCAUUCCCUGUCUCUCCGCAUGACUAUUUCAUGGCAUUUGUACAAACCAGGAACAAUAAAAAAGAAAGUGCACAUAAAGUUUUUACCAGAGUGUAUCGAACAAACCGAUUUAGGCUCGUCAAAACUUCAUCGUUAAUCGACAAAAUUUUGUCACGUCCGAACGAGUGCCCGAAAAAGCAGUUUCCAUCAUUUGAAGGUUAAAUUGUUGAAAGUUGAAGACAACUGGAACAUGGCUACCGAAUAAAGAAAGAAGAUCACAUUUCAGUAAAAUAUCAUACACAAUGAACAGCUAGUUGCGUGAUGGAAGCGAUUGAUAGAGAAAAUAAUCAGAGUCCUCGUUUCUUAAAGCUAAUUAAUUGAGCGAUCUUUUUCGUGAAAACAAGCCUUAUCGUGGUCAUAUUCUUUGUCUGUCAUUUAUUCCUGCGAUCUCCAUCUUUUUAAAAUAUCUUGAAAUGUCAUCAUGCAACGGCCCAGAAUUUUCUCAUCCCGCCUUAUAUUUCCUCAUCAUAUUUGCUAAGGUUAUUGUGUAUUCAUUGACUCAGAGAGAUCAUUUUAUUUGCAAGUCAUUAAAUUCAACGGGACGAAGGUACUAUACCUUUGAAAUCGAAUGUUAAUUUUUUAUCGUUUAUGUAUUUCACCAUAUUUUGAGGCAAGGUAGUGAACUCUCUCUUUUGGGUUUUUACUUUUGAAAGUCUUUUAUAUGAAUUGGAUAAGAUUGAGAAUAAUUUGACUCGUGUCAAUGUGCUACUUAUCCGGCCACAGAUUUAUCUAUGAGUGCAAUGAUUAGUGUAGAUAUUUACUCUAUGUAAACUUCUAAACAAUUUAAAUAUGGACGGUUUUUUCUGCCUAAUGGCCUAAAGCCUAAACUUUGACAAUGUGUAUCAAAAUUUGUAACGGAGAUUUGUUACAAAUAACAGAAUUAAAAAAAUACAUAUCUGUGAGCGUGAUAUCGCAUCAGUAGCCUAUUAAGACUCAAAUUAAUGUUUGUAUUUAGAGACUGGGUUAUAGGAAAAAAUAACUUUAAACAAGAAUAUAAGAAUAUUUUUUAAUUAAAUAUUUGCGUAGUGGAGCAUUUUUAUCCCGAUCCUUAAUUAAUCAUCAACAUCGGUUUUCGAUAUUUUUCUAAACAUUGUUUAAGUUUGUGCAAUAAUCUGGUACACUUUGCAUAGCCUAUAGCAGGCAUGCUGCGAUUAUUGUUCUGCAUGUAAGUUCUUUUAUUUGCGCAUAUACCUUAUUAAUACACAUUGUUAGGUCUAUGUUUUAAGAAAUUGAAUAUUUGAAAAA